AUGGCCACGAUGGCUAAGCCACUGAACUCUCCGCUGCCGUCCUUGCCCCCCAAGUUUGCCGGCCCGCCGCCUCGGAGCAUCCCAAGGCGGCCCGUUGCAGCUCCCAUUACCGUGGCACCAACGCUGGCGCCAACCUCUUCCCCAGCGUUGGCGUCUCCAAACCCGCUGUCCUCUCCUGGGGGUUCCAUCUCGAGUCUCCUAUCGGCCUACUCCAACCACACGGCCGACUCGCCGAGGUCGUCAUCAGCAACCUCACCCAAGGGGGUGCUUAACUCAAAAGGUGCCUAUUCGGUCGUGUUACCAAGCCUAGACACGCAAAGAAGUGGCACACAGUCCGGAGCCCCCACGCGUGACUUGCCAUCGCUACCAUCGGAUCAAAAUGUGCAAAAGCAAGAGCACAAUGGUAAUCGAAUUUCCGAGGGAGAUCGCAAAGAACUGCCGCCGCCGCCGCCUUUGAAAGAUGCCCAGCGCAGCAUUCCGCGACCUCGAACGCCCACCGACCUGCAAACCCAUAUUACGCAACCAUCAACGUCGACGAAUACCGGAUCGCCGUUAGGGAACGGCUCUCCGCAGCAAGGGGAACUCUGGAGACGGCGAUCGCUCAAAGCCGAUAAAAGCUUGGCCGUUCCGGAUCUCAAGCUGGUCUCCAGUCACGGUUCCACUGCCGCGUCAGCCCAAAACACCGAGCAGAGCGGGAGCGAUCUGUUUUCGCAACCGUUUCCACUCCCUCCCCGGAGCAACCCCGAAACGCUCGAGCCUGCCGCAACACAACGAGCUCCACCACGAAGUGGCAACGGGGGUCUGCCUGGACGGGAUAUCCGGCCCGCUGCUGGGCGGGAAGGUACAUCGCAAGGGGUAGCAAGUAUGGGGCAAGAGGCGUCGCGGCUCAAGGAGAAGCUAGGGAAUGGGAGGCGACAAGGAAGCCGGGAGGAACUCAAAUCGAAAAGCCAGGAAGCGCAGGCAUAUCAGACAACGCUCAGUCCCGCGACAUCGGCGGCCGUCUCCCCAGUUUCGGCCGCGCGCCUCCCCACGCCCGAGUAUGGAACCAACGAUGUCAAAAGUCCACAGCCAGACACGGUCGUUUCGCCACUGUCACCGCCGUCAUCUCUCGAGCUUCCUGGCGAGACAAAGCCGGUAGCCCGAAAAGCUAUCGGGGCCACAGAAGCGCAGCUUCGCCAUGCCAAGAGCAGCCAAUCUCUGGCACCGGGACCGAUCAAUACGGGACUAGCUGUGCGUUCACAGAUGGGUCUCCCAACGUCUCCACGGCCCGAUAUCAACCAGGCGCCGAAGCAGACACAGCACGCCGCGCCUCCCGCGCGGGACCAAACAGGCCAGAAACAGUACAUCCCCUAUUCCCCGCCGGCCGACCGAAGCAAUGGCCUUGCUUCAACCCAGUUUCCAACGCCACCAUCCAAGGGUGACGAAGACGAGCGCACCCUCCCCCCCGCUCCCCGUCAGGAGCCAUCACAAACCGGUCUUCCCCAGUCCACCACCCAGCUCAACCCCUGGCCCCAGAACCCGAACCGCGACCCCAUCCCGCGAACCAUCUCGGAAACAGGGUCGGUCGAGACAGUAAAACCACCCCAACCCCGAGACCCGACCCUCCUCCGCCAACAGCCCUCCCACCCCAGCCUAACCCUCACCGCCCCGCCCCCCACCACCACCGGAUGGGACAACAACAGCAACUACACCAACAACAUCCACCCCACAAACACCGUCCUCCCCCCCGACCUCCCGCUCCGCGAUCCGGACCCUAGCGAGCCGGACACGACGGACCACCCGGGGGCGGCGCUGUUCCCGCGGGGGUGGUACACCCCCCUCCCCGCGGACGCGGUCGCCGAGGCGCGGCCGCUGGCGGCGCGCCACCGCGCCUGCCUGACCCGCCACCGCUACAUGACGGCCAACCGGCAGCGCGCCAACCCGGUCGCCUGCCGCACGUGCGGGCACGCGGACCGGAACGCCGAGUGCUACAUCUGCAGUGCCUGCGCGUUGAAUGUGUGCUCGGGCUGUGUGGCGGUGCUGAGGCGGGUGAGGGGGGAUGUGGAUGCGGUGGUGAGGGAGGUGGGGAGGGGGAGGAAGGUUGAGAGGGGGGAUGGGAUUGGGAAUGGGUUUGCUGGGGAUGGGGGAGUGGUGGAGGUGGGGAUGUAGAGGUGGGCAGGUGACUACCCGGAUAGAGGGCGCUCUGCGGACAUCUUUUUCUAUCGUUUAUUCGUCUAUUUCUUCUGGGGCCGGCUUUGAUAUAUACGUAUAUUUGGUUCCUUUUUGUGGUUUGGUGUUUGAAAAGCGGUAGAUCUGCUUAGGGUGGUUAGCUUGACGGCUAGAGAAGCCUGGGGCUGAUGAUGAGUAUAUACAUACCUAAACGAUGUGAUAAGGGCAGAAACCAUGGUUUUAGAGAUACCAUUGGGAGGAGAUAUACGUGGAACCAUACGUUUUUUUGGUAUAUAACGGUUGGACGAGGAUAGAUAGGUGUGUAGAUGUCUCGUCUACGGUCAAGCGGUCGUCCGAAAUAGAAAGCCGCUUUGUCCAAUGCAUGACAUUUCCCAGAUUGUCCAUCACUCUCUUCGUUGAUGUAUCAGGUGUUGGGACAAGGCUUAGUUACAUUUCUGUUGUUUU